CUUAAAAUGUUAAUUUUGUUGUAACUUUAUAAUGGGUGUCGUAAAGAAACCCAAAUAAGUUGUUGACUCUCGGAAUAACAGUAUCUUAAGGGCCCAUUAGGUAAAAAUUUAUAAAUUCAUUUGAAAAGCUAUAAAAUUUAACAAUUCAACGUGACAAUGUACUUCAGAGAAGGGUCAAAAACAUCUCUAGAACUAAAAAUUAUGAUAUUUACAAAUAAUUAAAAACCUAGGAACAUAUUAUAUGGUAAAAUUUCAUUGACAAUGAUAAAAAUGUUUUUAACCACUCGUUAUUUUAUUAUCCUUCAAAAUUUUUAUUAUCAAAGAUAAAAAGUAUCGACGAACCGUUGGGCGCCACAACAAUUUCGAAAAACCGGACGUUGUUUACAAACCUGCUGCAUCUCCCAAAUUUGCAAUGUACCAGGUAUACACGACGUAAGGUGCCCCUCCAAUAGUCCGACACGCUAAUAAUCGCAGUCAGUUUCCUGCGAAACCUCGCCGCGAUCACAAUCCGCUCCUGAUAAACGCACAACAAGUGGUUUGUUGCAGCCGAAACCAUUAUUUACAAUUAUUAUCGCACAAAUAGCCAACAAAUCGACAAUAUGACGCUGCAGUGCAAAGAGAACUUCGGUUACACAAAGGAGCCGUUGAUCGGACGACUGGACCCGGUGACGGUGGUGAAGCAGAAACCCAAAUCGAAGGAGAGGCCCAAGAAGACGAUCAAAUGUGUGAUUGUUGGUGACAGGAAAAUUGGUAAAACAUCGUUGGCGGUCUCCUACAGCAACGACAAAUUCCCCAGCGAAUACACACCGACAGUUUAUGACAAUUACAAAGUUGUCGUGGAGGUGGAUGGGAAAAAAAUCAGAUACGACAUAUGCGACACAGCUGGAGAGGACGGUCCAAUCCCGAUUGAUCUCUGUUACGACGGCACCGACGUGUUCAUGCUGUGCUUCUCGGUGGUGAACCGCGAAUCGUUCAUCUCGGCCUGCACCAAGUGGAAGAGCAAAUUGCAACAGCUUCGCGCCGCCGUCGUGCUGGUCGGAACGCAGGCGGACCUCAAAUAUUCUCAAUCCAAUAAGCAGAACAUGGUCAGUUGGAACGAGGCGGCCGAUCUGGCUGCGGAACUGAACGCACAAUAUGUGGAAACGUCGGCGAAGACCUGCUAUCACCUGAAGGAGGCCUUCGACGAAGCCAUCAUCGCGGCGUUGGCCAAACGGAAGAACAGAUGGAGGAGGCUCUGUUGUUAUUGAUCGUGUUGAUUUUUAUUUAUGGUUUUGACUGUAUUAUUUAUGUUUGUAAUCGGGACUUUAUUGUGUGGUCCGGCGGUUAGUUGCGUCUCUCUUAAAUCGACUGAUAUAUAGUAUUACUUGAUUGUAAUUACGAAUUAACUUCUUCCAUAUUGUGAUAGAAUAGUGAUGCAAUACGAAAUUUAUUAAAUGUAAAUUUCGAUUGGCUCGAAGUAUUCACUCUUUUGAUUAUAUCUGAAUGUUAUUGUUUCGAUUUAUAUUAUUAAUUCUUUUCUAAUACUCUAAAAUUACAAAACAUUUUGUAAGUGAUAAAUAAGCAAGAAUUAUUGUCUUUUAAAACAAACGAUUGGUUCCCUUAAUAUUGUUUCAGUAAAUGUAAUUAUUGAAUUGAAAUAUUGUAAAUAGUAGCUAUAUCUUAUUUUAUACAAUUGACACAUAUUUAUAUGUUAAUUGACAGUAAAUUUCUUCCUUAAAAACAGUUGAUUCAAUCAAUUAUUAUUUGUAAUUAUUAUAAU